UCCCUUUACCAUUUCAAAAUUCAAUACGUUUUCUAAACACAGUCGUACGUUGUCUGAAUCGCUAGGUUUUCGGCUACCAUUUCGUGUAAAUCGGCGUUCCUCCGGCGAACCGGCUGUUUAUACAGAGUUUUUCCUCUUUGAUAUCUGAAUUUCUUAUUGAGCUUUCGCAAUGUCGGUGAAAACUGUUAAAGUUGGCAAUCUUUCUUUGAAGGCUUCUACACGAGAUGUAAGGGAGUUCUUUUCCUUUUCUGGAGAUAUUGUAUAUGUUGAGGUGCAAAGUGAUGAUGAUUUCUCCCAAAAGGCAUUUGUCACCUUCACAGAUUCACAAGGAGCAGAUACUGCUGUUCUCCUUUCAGGGGCAACAAUAGUCGACAUGACUGUCACUGUAACCCUAGCACCAGACUACCAUCUCUCACCAGACGCCACAUCAGCAGCACGUGGCAUUACAGAAAGUGAGGAAUCUGUUAUGAGCAAAGCUGAAGAUGUAAUCAGCAGCAUGCUUUCAAAGGGUUUUAUCCUGGGAAAAGAUGCUGUUUCCAAAGCCAAAUCCUUUGAUGAGAAAAUAGGAUUCAGUGAGAAGGUGACCACAGGAACCUCCAUGGUUAAUGAAAAAGUCAAAGAGGUUGACCAGAAGCUUCAGGUUUCUGAAAAGGCCAAGUCAGCAUAUGCAGCCGCUGCGUCAUGGGUGACAGACGCUUUUAGUAAAGUGGCCAAAUCAGCAUCCGAAGUUGGACAGCAAACAAAGGAGAAAGAUGACGUGGCGCCAACUCAGCAGCCUCCUUCUCCACCUAAGACUUCACAAGUACAAGGUUUGAUCCUUUAGUUUUUUAAUACACGGAUCCACCUUUCUUUGUGUAUAUAGAACUUCAUAUCAUUAGGUUGCUAUUUAGUUCUUUCUCUAUUAUGUUUUUGGAAGGGAU